AUGAAAGUUCCAAUUUCUGAAGGACCCAAGCUUAAUGAACUUCAAGCCCUUUUUCCGGUCAUCAGAAACUGGCCUACAGAGAAGCGGUUAAUGGUUGGCUUGUUGUGUCUUCUAUCCAUUGGGUUAUUUGGCAUUUCGAGCAAUAGUAGAAUACCACUGCAUUGUGCGAAAAAGGUGAUGGAUCCAGCAGCUUUCCAGUGUUAUCCAUGGGGCCGUGUAGGAUUUACCAGCCUUGUGGAUUCCAUUAAAGUUCUAACAUACGUAGGAAAGAGUUACACGCUUCGUUGUUGUGUUCAUGCACUGGCAAUUUGGAUAUACGAGUCUGUGCCAGGUUUAGGAGAGAUAUAUGGGCAUCAGAUAGAUGGAGCUGAGGUUCCCCUUCUGUCAUGGCAUGCUUCUCGUCAGCGUAUCAACUUCUUAAACUUUUGUGCACAAGAAAAGCAACAACAUCAGAAGGUUCGUGUAAGGCAUAUGAUUUUAAAACCAAUGGAGGAUAGAUAUCCGAAAUGGGACGAAGAUGAACCGCCUGCUGAUUUGGAUAAGAUGAUAGUUGAUAUCCUCAAUGAUCAGCUUAAUGUAAAGUUUUGGGAAGUAGUGCCACCUUCCAAGUACCAGAAGGGAAAAACUCAUGUCAGUGCACCUAGUGUUCCUGAUACAGUGGAUGAGAGCCCCUCCGCAAAACGAAAGAAGGAGAAACAAACUGCUCCAGAAAUGGCAGAAUCUCAUACUGAUAUGCCCAUCAACAACAUCACCAUACAAAAUUUUCUUGAAUGUGUUAACAACCUGAAUGCAAAAGUAGAAACCAUGGAUGUUAGUGUAGCUGAAAAGGUUAGUAAGAUAUUGGAAGCUUCUAUACACACUCAGAUGGAAGCUAAAAUGGGUUUAUUGGAGACUGAGUUAAAGUACGAGAUGGCCAUAUUAAGGGAAGAAAUAAAUGUUCUUAAAGGGAAAGAUGAUGAAAAAAUUCCUUCAAAUGCUGGCUACUCCAAAGUACAAGACGAUGAUGAUGCUUGUAGCAACACGAUGUCAUGGAUGGUUCAGACAAAAAAAAGUUCUAUUGAUGGUUUACCAAUACAAUGUGUCGUUAAAAAGGAGAAGAAGAAUAAGAAGGCGAUGUCGGUGAAGGAAGAUGUAAAGCCAUUGAAAAAAGUCAAGACAGAGAAAGCAUUUAGUAUCCCAGAGCUGAAUAACGAAUCCAUUUCCACAGGUGACUGGGAGAAUAAUCUAAGAUGGGAGAAGAGUGUAAAGUGUAGACAGGUGUUGGAAGCACUUGCUUCAGGUCUGGAGCCUAGACGCAGGCGAAAACAGCAGUUGACGAAGACUCAAGUUUGGCCUUUUGUAGGGAAUUCAACAGUGAAGCGUAUCAUAACUGGUGUCUCCAAGGAAUCUUAUGACCCAUUAUCUAAGGUGGAUCCAGAGAAACUGCAGAAAGUAUUGGACUUCAUUAAGUCUGAUUUGGAAAAGGACGAGUCUGGUUUUGUAGACAGAAGCGCAGAAUUUUAUGUGAAGUUGAUUAUACCGAGAGAAGCUUGGCCAACAAAGCGAUACGGCUGGUUUUUGUCUUGA